AUGUCCAAGGCAAAAAGCAAUGUGGUGAUACGAGAUAUAUCAUCACAAAUUACAACCUUUACUGCACCUUUCUAUCGCUUCGCUCCAUUCGGCUAUCGCAAAUUCGUUGCUGUUGGCAACCGUGCAACAGCGAUUCGGUUACAAGAUCGCAGAGUCCUACUCCUCAACCCAAUCCAACUUGGCCAAGCCGUACAAGAUCGAUUAGACCAACUCGGAGGCGUCGACUACAUUGCCUGUGAUCUCGGACACCACUCCUAUGUCGCUGAUUAUCUCAACCGCUGGCCAAAUGCGAAAACCAUCGGAGUCUCCGGCCUGCCAGGGAAGAGAAAAGACGUGAAGUGGGACUUUAUCUACGAAGAUUGGCAACAGAGUCCAGAAGAUCAAUUCUCCUUCUCCCACGGAAUCGAAACCGUUCUUUUCGAAGGCUUCAUCACGCAUGCCGUAGCAUGGUAUCAUAGACCGACAAAGACCUUAAUAAUUUCAGAUCUCUUGAUGAAUUUGCCUGCUACUGAGCAGUAUCAUCCUUCAUCCGCGGACGAAGGACCGUUUUCGAGGGAAUUCGCGAAACGAGCGCAUCCAUUCUCUAUCUGGUUUCGCCGGCUGAUCUACUAUGUUGCUUAUGUCGAAUAUACGCCCAUGCGUAGAGAUGCGAAACGUGUUGCUGAGCUUGAUAUUCAGCGCAUAGUUCCUUGUCAUGGAGACGUGCUGGACAGUGAUGGAAACAAGGCUUGGGCGGAGGGUUAUCAGUGGUUCCUAGAAGGUCACCCACAACCUGGAUGGCUUUGGGCGGUCAAGGAGCCCAUAAUGACUGUUGUCAGAAGGCUGUUCUUGAUGUGA